GCGGGAUUCAAAGGCUUGUGAAAAUAGAAGUGAUGGGUUUGUAGCCUAUGUUACAAUGUAGGUUUGUACAUUUUCUCUUGAUGAAUUCAACCGGUACCGGAAAUCGAGUAACGGAGUCCGCAAUCCAACUGGAGCAAUCUUCAGGGGCCAGCGGAGGCUAAGCGUUACGCUCGCAAUCAGCGAGUUUUGGCCGUGGUCGCACGCAGUGGUAGAUCAACUAUAGCUUUUUGUAGUAACUGGCUGUUGUAGGUUUCGGCACUGCGGCACCGGCCAUUUGGCAUUGAUUGUGCUUGUCGGCUGAUCUGCGCCGCGCACAGCUGGGACGGACGGCUGCUGCUCGGUCCGAGCUGUCCCCAGGAAGUGCAUGGAGGCAGGGAUUGGUCACAUCGUAGAUACCUUUGCUGAGACGACGGUGCUGGACACGGCCGCACUGACCAGGGCAAGAUGAUCCGAAAUCCUGGGAACACCAAGGUGGUUGUGCGUAACCCCGUCACUCACAACCGUGAGCUUGGCAAGUACACGGAUUAUGAGAUCUGCAUUCAGACAUCAAACAUUGCCUUCGAUUUCCAGGAGAGUGAAGCAGUGCGCCGUCGUUUCAGAGAGUUUGUUUGGCUGAGGGAGAAAUUGGCCGAUGCUUCAAUAGGAGGCCUGCCCGAGGUACCGCCGAAAACCUUCUUUGGACGAUUUGAAGAGGAUUUCAUCCAGAGGAGGACAGAUGAGCUGCAGGAAUUCCUGCAGAAAUUGGUCGCUAUACCGGCAGUGCUGACGGAAAAGGUUUUUCACGAGUUUGUGCAGACAUCCAACAAAUUAGAGGACAUGGAGAGGAUGUACGACACCACGCAUCCUUUGGCGGGCAGGCCCGACCUUGCUGUCGAGCCGACCAUCCUGCUCGUCAAGGAUAUAGUAGCUAGCCGGCAGAUCUGCAGGGACCCGGCAGAGGAGCACAGUGCCGAGCGGCCUUCACACAGUGAGGAGAGUCGGUUACCACACAAUGCCGAGUGUCCGUCUCACAGUACUGAGCGUCUGUCACAAAGUGCUGAGCCGCCGUUACACAGCGGGGAGAGACCACAAUACAGUGCUGAGCCGCCGUUACACAGCGGGGAGAGACCACAAUACAGUGCUGAGCCACCGUUACACAGCGGGGAGAGACCACAAUACAGUGCUGAACGUCCAUCAUACAGUGCUGAACGGCCAUCAUACAGUGCUGAACGGCCAUCAUACAGUGGGGAGAGUCCGCCAUACAGUACAGAACGUCUGUCAUGCAGUGCUGAGCCGCAGCUACACAGCGCUGAGCAUCCGACAUACAGCGCGGAGCGUCCGCCAUACAGCGCGGAGCGUCCACCAUACACGGCUGAGCGUCCGCCAUGCACUGCUGUGCGUCCGCCAUACAGCGCGGAGAGUCCGACAUACAGUGCUGAGCGUCCGACAAACAGCGCGGAGCGUCCGCCAUCCACUGCUGAGUGUCCGCCAUACACUGCUGAGCGUCCGCCAUACAGCGUGGAGCGUCUGCCAUACAAUGCUGAGAGUCCGCCAUACAGCGCGGAGCGUCCGCCAUACAGUGCUGAAAGCCCGUCAGACACUGCCGAGGUUGCAACACACAGUGCGGGGUGUCCGCCAUACAGUGGUCAGCAUCCAUCACGCAGUGCCGAGUGUGCGUCAGCCAGUGUCAUCUCUGGAGAACCAGACCACCAAGGAUCAUCUACCCUUUCCUGGAGCGACUCUCAUACUCAACCCAGCUCGCCUUCCUUAGUGACAAAUGCAAGAAUACAGCGGAGUGAUUUGCACACAAUAAGACAUGACAACAAUGCAAUACAUGAAAAGUCAACAGCUGCUGCUACGAUUGUUGAGCGGCCUGUUGCAUUAAAUCCUUUCGUAAAUUCCGUCGCCAUUGCAGAUGAGAGCGGCUGUUACUCAGACCGCUGCUGAGUUGCGUGCUGCUUGGGCGGGAAACUUUGGAAGGGUACUCAGCCAAUCUUAGGCUAUGUUGAUACAAUUUGAGGAACAAGAUUUUCUAGCUGUCCAUUGCCAGAAGACUCCUAGCCUUUUUAAAGCAUUGAAGUAGAGCAGUUUGCUGUGCCCUUGAGGCCAUUCUGCACGGGCGUGUCUGUGUUGUUUCCGUGGUGUGUUCCCGGGGCUGACUUAUCUAUGUUCUCAGGAUUACUAGUGAAUAGGUAGUGAUUGGUUUUUUUUCCAAAAAAUAUACUUUCGACUCUUAAAAAGCGAUUAAACAGUUCGCCAACUUCGGAAAAUGACAGAAAACGAAAUAAUUAUAACGCUGCAGUCACCAAAAGUUGGUGUACCGAAUUCUCUUUUUAUUAUAUCCAUUUGCAUCUUUCUCUCAAAGCAGUGGAUCUCUUUCAUAUUCUUUUAAUUUUUUUGCAACACUGAUAAUUAUUUGUAUCUUUGGCUAUGCCUUCGUUGUGGACUACAACCAUUACUAGUACAUUGCAAUUGGGUCACAGUGUAGACUGCAUGUUUGGCUCUGGUACAGCCUGCUAUUUAUAAGCUACAUUACUGUACACAAAAGCAGUUUCAGAACUUUUGCUCUUUGUUUUGAAUAA